UCUUUUAGUUUUACUGGAUUCAAAAUGCAAAAUAAGAAGACGCAGAGACGGAUUCGCCGCACUUUGUUUACAAGGUACGCAAAUGAAUUAGAGCAGUUGCUCAAUUGUGAUAUUCCUAAUUUGGAAGAAAUAUCCGCUUAUUCAGAGUUUCUGAGGAAGAAGUCAGUGAUUUUAGAAUCACUUGAAAACGAAAUAUUUGAUCUAUCAAUAGAAAAUUAUGUAUUCGAAGAAGAACUAAUGUCAGAAUUGGAAGAGGCCAAUGGAAUCAGGAAAAGGUAUGAAAUUAUUAAAAUUAAGUACCAGAACGUCGUUAAAGGUGAUAAAAUUUCUAUUAGAAAUAAUGAUCAUUGUGUUAAUUUGGGUUUUGACAAAAUAAGAUUUGGUUUGCUUAAAACUCCUUUGAAAGCUUGUGAAAAUAAAAAGACAUCAUCCAUCCAUGGCCAGGUUUUUGGUGUUGGAGCAUUGGACGAUGAAGAGGAAAACAUAUGUGCUAAAGAUAAUGCUAAUGAAGAUAGCAUUACAACUUUUGAGGAUGAAGAUGAAGACAUGUAUGGUAAAGUUGAUGCUAAGGAAGAUAGCAUUAGAAGAUUCAAGGAUGAAGCUGAAGACAGAUGUGCUAAAGAUGAUGCUAAUGAAGACAAUUAAGGCAAUUGAGGAUGAAGAUGGCGAAAUUUAUGUUAAAAAUGAUACUUCCAGAGAUGAGGUUUCUUCGAAAGCGUGUGCUAGUUUGAAGGAGACUAGGAGGAAAGAAAGCCAAAAAGAAAAAGAAAUGCUCGUAGUGACUGAAAAUUUCAAUGGCAUGGAAGGACGUAUACCAGCUAAAAUCCAAAGUUACAGAAGGAAAUAUUAUCCACCUUGUGAACUACAACAUAACCUUGAUCCAAACAUUCCUCAAAGAAAAUUAGGAUUUAGUCCUGAAGUUGUUGAAAGUGUCCAGGCAGUGAAAGGAGAAGAUUUAGUUAAUUCCUCUGAAAGAGCUAUAAUUUUAGGAGAAUCAUUGCCUGACCAUCGAAAGGAAGUCGAAACUGAUCUCAAUGAAGAAACACAGACUGAAGAAGACAAAAGUUCUGAUGAGUUAAGUUUUAGACCAUUUAUUGGUGAUCAUGCUAAACAAGUGAGAUAUAAAAGAUAUCUUGGCUUUAUAAAGAUAGAAGCUAACGAUACUUUGAAAAUUAUUCACUCUAGGAAAUUGCCUCAAAGGAUAAGAAAAGAGAAGAAUGAUAAAACUGAUGGAAUCAAAAUACAAAACAUAAAUGAUAUUCAAAAUUCAUCAGGUGCUGAUACGGCUGCUCCAGAACUAAUGUAUGGUCCCUCACUACCAACCAAACCAAUUUUCAUAGAGAAAUCUGCUAUAAAUGAAGACAGUGAGUCAUCUUCGUCUGAAACAGAAUGGACCAAAAAAGGUAUUUCUAAGAAAAAGAAGCAUUCAAAAAAGAGAAGAAAAAGAAAAAAGGAAUUCUAGGAUUUAAAGAUUGAAGAGAGUUCCGUCGGUUGUUUCCCUAUUACUUUUGAAUUGUAUGAAACAAUUAAAAC